GUCGCCUUCGUUGCUCCCGUCACGUCGAAGUCUUUGCCCACGGCGCAGCUCGCCUCUUCAGCUCCAGCUCCACAAGGGCCCUCCUCGCCCUCCACGCUCCUUGGUGGGUCUGCAGCGCUUGGUGCGGCAGCGGUGGUGGCUCUGGCCUCCAGCUCGGGGAGGAGGCGCGUGGCGCGGAGGGCCGAACAGGAACUGGCCAAGUUGCCAAAGCACAUGCAGCCUGUGGACAUGAACAAGGAGUACCCGGCCUACGUGAAGGGCAAGAACGAGAACUCCAUGAUGCCGCAGCUGGUGGGCGACUGGGGCACGCCGGUGCCAGGUAGCUACAAGGA